AUGGCUGAUCUAUGGUUACUCAUCCUUUGUACCGUGGCCAUAAUGCCAAGCCAAGGGUCAGGAGAUCAUUCCUUAUGUAUAGGUGCGCCUGACAAUUCUGGCACCGAGUUCAUUUUAGGAUUCACCGAAAUGAUAGAAGAUUCAAGUGAUGUUUUGCUUUACAUAACGACUGUGAAAACUUCUACCAUCAAUGUCCAGGUCACGGCACCAAUAUACGGAGCUGCAGUAAUAAGCGAGACUGCUUUUACAAUAUCCUCUGGCGAAACCAAAAGAAUAACAAUAUCACAAAAUAUACGAAUGAGAGGAACCCAGACUGAUGUGAAAGGCGUCCUGAUCACUGCAGAUGAUGAAAUUUCUGUUUGGGGUUUCGAUUCUGCGGGUGGAUCAAGUGAUUUCUUCCUUGCUCUACCAACUGAUGUACUUGGUACGAAUUAUUUCGUGUUAACAGAUGAGUCGUCUCAAAGCCAGGUAAUGUUGGUAGGCGUAUCUACUCCAACCAUUGUAACCAUUACCUUAGGUAUGGCUAUAGGAGGCAGUACUGUCACGUACGAAGAAACACCUUACGGUGCUGGUGAAACUUUCAGAUUAAAAUUACAACGAUUUGAUACAUUUCAUUUUAUCAGCCAAGGCGAUCUCAGUGGCACGAAAAUCAUUGCAGAUAAAAAUAUCUCUGUUUUCAAUGGAAAUAAGCAGAUUGUUAGUGGCUCUAAUCAAUAUCUUGGUCAUACCAUAGAACAAGUAUCUGCUGUCAAAUCUUGGGGGCAAAUUUUUGUAGUAUCUCCUAUUCCGGAACAAGUUGACACCAAUUUCUUAAAAUUCGUUGCCAGUAGAGACAACACAACAGUUCACAAAACAUGUAAUGACGCUCCGGCAGAUACGUUUCAUUUAACACGAGUAGGUGAAACACAUAGCUUUGGUAUACCCUAUUCUGAAAUCUGUACAAUCGAGGCAGACAAACCCAUUCUUGUGGCUCAGAUUUGUCAAAGCUCACAGAAUAGGUUGUCUAUGGUGCUUAUUCCUCCGGUUGAACAGUUCGGCCCUGAUUUUACUUUCACCAACCCGAACCCCAUUGAUGGCCCAUUCGAAAGCAUGUUAAAGAUAAUUGUUGAUGAUAAGGAAAAAAGUGGAUUAAGAAUAGACGGGGAUGUGAUUCCGUUUCCGAUUGUAAUUGGAGCUGUUAGUGCGACGGACUAUGUGAUAUGUCACAUCAGCGUUUCAGACGGAGCGCAUACCGUACGACACAUCUCCCCUAUCGUUACUUUCGGUGGCUUCAUAUACGGUAUGGCACCCAAUCAGCUUUAUGCAACAGGUGCCGGUUUUCGGGUUUCUCCAAUCAACACGGAAUGCAAGAACACUAGUAUUAGAGCUGGAGAUGGUCUAGAUAACGAUUGUGAUGGUCUUAUCGACGAGGAACUCUGUGUUGAAACCACCACUAGAAUGGCAUUCGAUGAUGACGGCGACGGUUUAUAUAAUGAAGACUGUGCUAAACUUGCGGCAGUGGACGGUAACUGGAGUAGCUGGGGUAAUUACACCGACUGUUCAGAGACGUGUGGUCGAUAUGGUAUUCCAAGCAACGGAACCCAAACACGCACACGUACCUGUUCGGAACCAGCUCCAUCAAACGACGGAAGACCAUGUAAAGGAUCAAAUACAGACUAUCGCAGAUGUAAUUCUACUGUUAUCUGUCCCGAAAGUUUCAACUAUACCAUCGCCUUUAUGGAGAAUGCAAAUGACGCCUACCACUUUGUAGCUGUUGCUAACAUUGAUAGUCAUGUUGCAAAUAUCACUGUUGUUUCAAAGUCUGGAAUUGUAAAAAUGUCUGCGUUAAAUGCUUCAGAUACACUUGGUAUAGAAUUUGGUGCGGACUUCACAGUGAGAAAUUCAGAUCUGAGUUCACGUGCCAUUCGAAUACUGUCAGAUCAAAACGUCCUAGUUCAAGGUUUUAACAGAAAAGAUGAGACCCCCUACAUGGCGGGGUUUGUCGCAAGAGAAGAUACUUCACUCGGCAACGUGUAUUAUGCAUUAACAUUCAAUGAUCAAAUCGGAAUGUCAACACACCCUCAGAUUCUUAUAGUGGCAUUGACUUCCGGAACCGAUGUGAAUGUGCUGAUAAAUGUGAAAAAUGGUUUAGCUGAUGGUGUCGAAAUAGAAAACGUUUUCUAUGGAAAUGAAAAGAAUUUUAACAUCACAAUGAACAGUUUUGAAACGUUACAAAUUCAAAGUGAACACGGCGAUUUUACUGGAAUGAGAAUUCAAUCAGAUAAACCGGUAAGCGUCUUCAGUGGAAAUAAGUUUUUCUCAACUGGUUCAAUGGAUAGCCACUUGGUGGAACAGCUGCCACCAGUUAAUACCUGGGGUACAAAGUUUGUAUCGGUCGCUCCAACGUAUGCGGCAUACUUUUGUAAAAUAGUCGCACACCAAGCAGGCACUCUUGUCACUUAUGCGUGUUCUAAUAAUCCUGUGAAGCAAUCAGUAUCACUGGACAUUGAAGGGUCAUAUUCUACCUUAGAAUUUCAGAACGAAACUUGCACAUUCGUUUCGAAUAACCCUGUCAUGAUAGCAUUGUUUACACCAAGCACUGAUGCAAGUCCGUGGCUGAUUAUACUGCAGCCACUGGCAGUUAUUAACGGCAACCUCGUGUUUUACGUACCAGAAUAUGCAGAUGGAGCAGAAUUUGUAUUUGCGACACAAAGUCAUGAUUAUGGGCAUGUAACUGUUGAAUGUGGCAAUGGGGAUGAUGUGGAUGAGUUGACGGCAGAUGGUAUGACUUCCGGUCAUAAAUCAGUGGGAGGUGGCGUUCAUAUCAUCAGGACCAAUGGCAAUUCUGUCCUACUGACUGGUUACAUUCAUGGAUGGAAAGGCACUUCUACGUUCAGUUACCCAUUGCUUGUUAACAGUAGUUUGGCUGAAGGAAACGAUGCUUUUGUACGAAACUGUGGCAACGGAUCUCCGACGAGAGAGAGCGAAACCGUUUCAGUAGCGCCAUCUGUCACAUCCACUGGGUAUUUGAGUACGCCUUACAACCAUACAGCUUUGGCAGAAACAAACAUAUUGACUAACACUGUACUCUCCACUGCAUCCUUAUAUGAAUCCAUCCAAUCUACAUUAACAUCGAUUGAUGAUUCACGAUCUAGUCUAUCAAUAUCCCAAACUGUCUUGUUAACAGCCACCAUGACGGAAACCACACAGUCUUCUUCUACAGUGCCGAUUAACAUCACACCGACAGCGACAGUCACGGCCAGCGAACAAGAACAGUUAUGGCCGGACGAAAUAUUAACAACACCUCUAACGGAUGUAACCCUUCCCACAGUCGCAUUGACGUUAACAACCCAAUGUACAGCUACAUUGACGGCGUCAACACAAUCUCCUGAAGUAACGAUGUCAUCCCAGUGUGGCUGUGGUAAUUACAGUGCCUCUAAUUAUACAACUGAAGAGCUUCAGGCCAUCAUAACAAAGCUGCGGUCAGAACUUCUAAUCCUGAAAAAUACCACAAGUAGUUAUAUCCGAACCAAGACUUCAGCUAAGGACAGCCGACCAUCCGCUGAGGCUGUGGGCUGUGUUGGCUGCACGAUUCUAGUGUUGGUGGGAGUUGGAAUUUUGGUGGCGGACGCUAGCAGUCUAAUAGAAAUGAUCAAAACCUUAAAAAGGAACAUUUUCCAGAGGAUUCCAUAA